AUGACAGUCAUUGAGAGUGUCAAAGACGCCAUCGGCUUGGGUGGCGACGCUGCCCCAGCGUCGAGAGAGGCCAUGUCCGAAGCGCGAUUACCCCUGCAAUACCGAGAUAGCUGUGCGAACCUCCUCAUCCCUCUAAACAAAUGCCGACACGAGAAUGCAUGGAUGCCGUGGAAAUGUGAACAUGAACGACACAGCUACGAGAAGUGCCAGUACGAGGAGUUCAAGAAGCGAGUUGCCAAGAUGGAGGCUCUUCGUGCAGCCAAAUCUGCAGAAGCCAGCAGCUGA